AUGGUUGAAACUGCAGCUUUAACUCAGCCUGUAUGGAGUGAAGUCCUCCCGAAAAUCAAAGGCGACCACUUCCGGCGUCGUCGCGAGGACGAAGAUAUGAGCAUUUUACCUGAUCCAGACCCUCCGACGCUGUGGCUAAACUCUCUGGACUCCCUUGGGUGCGUUAAACAAAGCACAGCUGUACCUGGAACGGGGGUGUGCAAUGGCCCAGAGGCCUGGGAACGAGCGACUGAUGGGUCACGGGGGGUUUACUUCGUGGCCGUGGGCGACACAGGACUGCCGUCUACUGCUUUGAGCAAGGUGGUGGCGACGAUGGCAGAAGUUUGUUCCGUCGUUCCAGUUUCUUUUGUUUCAUUACUGGGAGACAACUUUUACCCCACGGGAGUCAGCAGUGUAGAUGACCCGAAAUUUGUUUCCCAUUUCGAAGUCCCGUUUGGGCAUCCUGCCUUACAACGAGUGGCAUUCUUCCCCGUUUUGGGGAAUCACGAUUACCAACUGUCCCCCCAUGCGCAAAUUCAACGCUACUUUUCAUCUUGUGCGACGUGCAAGCAACCACAAGACUGGAACUUUUUUCUCACGAGCGGGUUGGGCGUGGUGAGUGUGCUGCAGCUGCUCAAGUGCGCUGGCGGUUUCCGAAUCCAUGUGCGCUGCUCUUUUUUCUGUGUGGCAUUUACUUUCUACACUUUGCAGCUGCAGACAGCAGCGACGGGAGUCGACGAGGGAACUUAUUCUCUUGGCAAUUCUGUGACUGUCGUAAAUAUCCAUUUGGAUUCGAACAUCUUGUUGUCGUCACAUGCCAUUGCUCGCAAGCAGCUGGCCUUUCUAGAGGCUGUCUUACGAUCUGCUGCGGCAGAAGCCGACUGGAUAUUUGUUCAUCAACACCAUCCUUUGUUUACUGACGGGACUCUCCGUAGAAAUGUUAAGUGGUUCCAGGACUUGUUGUUGCCGUUGUAUCUGCGGUACGGGGUGGAUGCGAUCUUUGCUGGGCAUGAGCAUUUGCUAUCGCAUUUCGAGCUUGACGGGCCUGACAGCGUGGGUGGCACUAUUGCUCAAGUUAUCAGCGGGUCGGGGUCGAAGUUGCACCGUUCUUUCCCUACUUGUUGCACUCCGAGUUUACAGAAAAAGUGUAAAGGGCAUCAGGAACUGUGCCGCAGUUCAAAUUGCGCGUUUCAGCGGACAACGAGUGGCUUUGCUCUCGUUAAUUUGACGGCCAAGGAGAUGAGGGUGUU